AGUGCGUUGUGUUACGUGAAGCUGCCCGGACGGUUAUAGCAGACUCGGCUCAAGAUCGCGUACCGACUCGUCGGAUAUUAACUCAGUGACGUGUCUGUGGUCCGUGAAGUGCCUGUGAAAUAUUAAUUAGUAAAUUUUGUAAUUGUGCCCGUGAACGUAUUUGCGCGCAGAUUCACGGAAUCCGUACACAGUAUCGGAAUGAAACGUCAAGAAAACAAAACCACGAAGCGAACAAGAAGGUAGCAGUGCAAAAUGACUAUAAAUUUAAGUCUUAUGUGACGGUCUACAGUGCCAAAACAAUGUAUUGCUGUAGAGAACUGAAACUAUUCUAUACUGCCCUUGUUUUGUUACUUAAAACGGAAUUAAUGAACAGUGCAAUGGAAUCGAAGAAGUCUUCCAUGUUGGUGUCGCAGAACGCUGACGAUUUUAGGUCAUUGGAGCUUUGCACCUCACGGAAUCAGCAGAGGCUUGGUAGUGUCUUUGGGAAUUUUACGAGGCAUCACAAAAAAGGUCAUAGACGAAGAACAACAACUUCAACAUCAACAACAAUGGCGUACACGACCGAAGAAUCAACAUACGUACCAGAAACAACAGAAUACAUAAUGUCAACUUACCACCCGAAAAUACCAAAACCGCUUCGCCUAUCAUCUUCUAAUUUAGAUAAUGAUUAUAAUGAUAAUGUACAUAACAUAGAUAACGAUAGUGAACAUAACGUAAUAAGACAUAAUAGAAUAGGUAAUGAAGAAAUUGUUGAUCUUUUAGACGAGAGUGCAUUAGCUAAAUCUCUAAAUAAAGUUAAGAAAAUGUAUAGAGAUUCGUCAGCGUCAGUUGCUAAUAAAUUGAAUAGUAAAAUUGGGAAGAGUGGUAUAUUUCUAACCGAGAACUGCACUACUGUUAUAGCACAGAUUGGAACCACGGCCGUAUUGCAUUGUGAAGUAAGCGACAUCACUGAGAAUACGGUUACUUGGAUCAGAAGAAAAGACUACUCACUGCUCUCAGUGGGACUGGUCACCUACAGUGCUGAUAACAGAUUUUUUUCAGCACAUGGAAGACAUGUCAAGGAUUGGGCGUUACAUAUCAGAUUCGCAACAUCUGUAGACGGAGGAUACUAUGAAUGUCAAGUGCCCACACAUCCGCCUACAAGCAUAUUUUUCAAACUAGUUCUAGUUGCUGCCUAUGCUGAAAUAAUUGGAGAAUCAGAAAAGAUAAUUCACGAAGGUUCAAUGCUGAGAUUGGUUUGCGUCGUCAAGAGAUCCACAGAGCCUCCGUCUUACGUCUUCUGGUAUUUCGAGAAUCGGAUGAUCAAUUAUGACUUGAACGGAGUAAGUGUCCAUAAUGGCCGGCAAACCAGUGAACUCGUAAUCGGAAAAGCCGAGCCGCGACACGCUGGAAACUACACGUGUGUUCCGGCUAAUGCUAAGGCCACCUCGGUGACAGUUCACGUCGUACAAAGCGAAACUCCAGCGGCGAUGCAACACGGUAACAAUUCAUCAGCUUCUCUGGCAAAUGUAUACAACCUAACGAAGCUACUCAUAAACAUUUUUUAUUUAAGUAUAAUCCUUCAUAGUCAUUUGGAUAUCGGAUAAUACAAUGUUAUAUUGUUGCAUAUCGAUAUAUUUAAUAUAUUUUAUGUAGUUUAAGUGUAUGUUUUUGAAGCUGAACAUUUUCGAAAUGACCUUGUAAUAAUUUCUGAAUAUUUGGAAACCUUUAGCAAUUUUAAUGAAAAUGGACAUGUACAUGUAAAAUUAUGGAUCCAAAGGGUUACUGGGUUGUUUGAAAUGUGUAAGGUCAACAUAAAUAUUAAUGUUAGCGUUCGCCCCACGAUCGCAAUUCACUUAUUAAUUACACUUCAAGAUUUAGCUUCAUUUUCUGUAUUAAUAUUCCUACCUGUUUUGUUAUGGACAGUUUUUGAGAAAAGAAAAAAAAAUCGAUAACUUCGUAAAUUUUCAUAAUAUUCAAGCUCAUCAAUCGGUUGACAAACAGACGAAAAAAUGGUGCUUCAUUAUUUUAUAUUUGUCAACAGUUGUAUAUAGAUACAAUUGACUACAACAAGAACUCUAAUAGAUCAACAUAAUAGAUUGAAUUGAUCUCAAAUUUCAUCUGAAUUAAUUGCUACACAGUUUAUCAAAGUUCAUGAAUAUGAUGUUACGAAAUGUUGUAUAGCCAUAAAAAAAUUUUUCCUCCAUCCUCACAUCGUCUUUUCACAUUAAAAGUGUACAAUUUCCUAAAAUAUUCGAAAUUGAGUUAAUAUGCGGAAUCAUUUGGUAUCACCAGUAUUUUUCUCAUAAAUACUGUCAAUAGAGCGUUGUUUAGUUUUUUUUUUACCUAUAUAUUGACUACCAUUAACUAAAUUAAUACAUAAUUUUAUCUUACUUUAAAAGACAGUUACUGGUAAAAAAUAAAAAAUGAAUGUUGCAAAGAUGAUUAAUAUUAAAAAUAUCACCUUUAAAACACUCUCCUGUAAACUUAGUAAGUUUUGAGAUUAUACAGUUUUAAUGCGAGAAGACGAUAUAUCCGAAUAACACUUGAAUUACGGUCGGAGUCAGUAUCCUUGUUUUGUGUCGUCUGUUUGCAAGAUCGAUAAUUUUAGCACAGUAUAGUUGAAGGCGGAAUUUCGAAAAUUUCGUAACGAAAUAAAAUUCAAGAAUCAACUAGAAUAUCUAAUUAAAUUUUAUUUAGAAAUACUAUAAUUUAUGGUUUACUUGACAAAAAAAAAUAAACUAUAAUGUAUACCAAUCGAGUACAAUAAUGUUAAAAACUAUGUAAAUAAAAACAUGUGUAAUAUUUUAAAACCUAAUUAAUUAAUCAUAAGAAAUGUAACUAUAACUCAUUUUGAACCUAGGAAUAAAAGUAAUUUUUGAAUGUAA